CAACAGAAUUGUUCAAAAGUAGACAAACACUGUGGGAUGGCUUAUCACAUCUGAUGUUAGUACAAGUGAAAGCAAAAAGUAGUUCAUUUUAGGAGUGUUGGCUAAGAGGAGCAUUUCAGCAUGACAAAGAUCACCUUUUUGCUCUGUCUCCUCGCUCUUAUUGUUGUGGCUACUGCAUUCAGAAGAAAUGUUAUGCAACACAGAGAAAAGCGGGACGCUGUUCUCAUACGUUCAAAAAGAAGAUGGGUUCUCUCUACAAUUGAUAUCGAAGAGAACAUGGAAGGACCUUUUCCUUUUAAAGUAACACAGAUGUUCAAUGAUAAAGACACAGAACACAAAAUCAAGUUUCUCAUCAAAGGAGAGGGGGUCACAAUAGAACCUUUUGGUUUGUUUACCAUGGAUACCAUCACUGGAGAUGUGUUCAUACACCGGGCCGUCGACAGGGAGGUGAAACAAGUCUACCAUUUGGACUUUGACGUUUUGGACUGGAACACUGGUGAUGUGGUGGACAAAACACUGUCAUUUAAUGUGGAAAUACAUGAUAAGAACGACAAUCCACCCAAGUUUUCUGUUUCAACCGUCCAUGGAGUAUUUCCAGAGAAUGCGAAAGAUGGCACAGUCCUGGCAACAUUACAAGCUCAUGACAACGAUCUACAAAAUACUCCUAACUCCAAGUUCAAUAUGACCUUGGCGUCCCAAGAACCUGCUUUACCUAAAAUAGUCCUGCAGACCCUCACAAGCAGUACUAGUCUUUAUCAGCUUAGCCUCAAGGGCUGUUUUGAUUAUGAUAAAGCAAAAAAUUAUAAAGUGCUAGUUACAGCACAGGACCAGGGUACACCUUCGUUGACCUCCACUGCAACGGUUACUCUGGAUAUCGGAGACUCCAACACUCAUCCUCCUAUAUUCACUGCUGCAAAGUACAAUACUGAAGUCAUGGAAAUGGAAUUCAACAAAGAGAUCUUAAGACUCGGCGUAACAGACAAAGACACCCCAAACACACCUGCUUCAAGAGCCGUGUUUACCAUCCUAAAGGGCAAUGAAGGAGCAAACUAUAAGAUUGAGACAGACCCAAAAACCAAUGAGGGUGUCCUGUACGUCAUUAAGGGGAAGAAUUUUGAGAAAACAGAAAUCACAGUGCUGGAGAUAUCUGUGAAGAACGAGGAGAAGUUAUUUAAAUGUGUUGACGGGAGGCCUGUAACAGAUUUCAACCCUCCACCGAACACUGUUAAAGUGGAGGUAAAAGUCAUUGAUGUGAAUGACCCCCCUGUGUUUAAGAAGGAUGUGGAGUUUAUAUACAGGCCUGAAAACACAAGUCCAGGAGAUUUGUUGUUCACACCAGAGGUUAAAGAUGAAGACACGGAUGUAGCCAACAUUAGGUAUGAGUUAGUCUCAGAAACAGAUCCAGCAAAAUGGGUGACUGUUGACCCAAAGUCAGGAAAAAUAACCACAGUCAAGAAAAUGGAUCGGGAGUCUACACAUGUCAUAAAUGACACCUACACGGUUGUGAUCCAUGCUAUAGAUGAUGGAGUACCACAAGGUAGAGGCACAUGCACCGUUGUAAUCUACCUGGGUGAUUUAAAUGAUAAUGCCCCCUAUCUCCUCACCAAGACUGCGGUACUGUGCGGGAAUACGGUUGACCGUGUCAACUUGGAGACAGCAGACAUUGACAAACCUCCAUUCGCAGGACCUUUUUCCUUCUCCCUGAUGGAGGAAAAGGAACUUAAAGACCUCUGGAAGUUCGAUCCCACCACAGGGCACAGCACCUCCCUGAUAAGUUUGAAGAGGCUGCCACAUGGAAACUACUCCAUUCCCUUGAAGAUUCAGGAUCAACAGGGCUUGGCAGCUGAAGAGGUUUUUAAUGUGGUUGUGUGCGACUGUGAAGGAGAAAAUGUGUGUCGCGGUCGUCAGGGGUGGUCCUCAAGGUUGGAUUCACUAGGCAUCGGUCUCAUUUUUACUGGAAUUCUCCUGUUGGCCUUGUUACUCCUCUGUUGUUUACGGUGUGAGAAUAGAAACAAGACCUUUCAACUUAUCCCACUGAACCUGCAAGACGAGGGAAACCAAACCCUUAUUAAAUACAAUGAGGAGGGAGGAGGAUCAGUGAAUAAGCCUGAACCUUUUACAGCUGGGAAUGCUGGUGGCAUGAAGAUUGCACUUGCACCGGCCGAGCACAUGAUUGAUGGAUUCAGAAAGAGUGAACGUGGCUCAGUUAGAAGCCCUAUAAGGUAUUCUUCCAAAAGAUUUUAUGAAGUGUACAACGACGGAGAUGUGAUGAGCAUUCCACAUCACAGCCGGUCAAUGGUUCGGACCAACACUGUAAGGAGUGGAGUGAGUCAGUUGAGUCGUUCAUACAGUUCACGAUCAGACAAAAACCUGGCAGAUCACAUUGAUAGGAGACUCUUUGGGCUUCCAGAAGAUCUGAGUGACUAUCCAGAAUCUUUGCCAUGUCAGUAUGAAUGUGAAGGGAACGAAAGUGAUUGUGAGUCAUUAGCAGUCAGUCAGUUAACAGAUAGCAAUCUUGGAGAUAACCUGGAUUUCCUGCAGGACCUCGGGCCAAAAUUCAACACUCUUGGUGGGAUUUGUCAACAGUCCAUGACGAGCAAAAAUGUCAGACUUUGAAGAUGGAUGCUGAUUAAACACUUGGGGAUUUUUUACUUUAUAUUAUUCCGUUUUCUUACAGUUGUCGUAAACUUUACCUCUUGAAAGUGACUUUUUUACCUGUGGGAGACCGGUUAAGACACAAAGGGUUUUAAUAGGGUUUUUAGGCUCUGACUUGUAUCAUGGCUAUACGCUUUCAACAUUAAGUCUUCAGUGCCAUGAUUGGGCCUGAAGGAUCUCUGGGAUAAACUGUGAAUUUAAGGUUCAUGUAAAAAUGUGCAUUCUUUUACUUUGGUAAUUAAAAUGAAAAUUCACAGGACUUCUGUUUAUUCUUAAAAAUAUGUUACCAAACUAGUAUUUUUUGUCUUGUUUUUCAGGAACAAUAUCCUUUAAAUCUAGAUUUUAGUCAAGAACAGAACUGAUGCUUAUUUUCAUGGAUACGUUUUAAAGUUAGUUUGUUUCUCUUACCCCAUUGUCAUUUCGAGGCAUAAAUCUUACAGAUUUAAAAGCUCUCAUCAAUAAAGAUAAAUCCUAUUCUCUAAGAAAAGUAUCAUAAUGUAAUUUGGGUAUACAAAUUAUUUUUUGAGGAUGUAUUGGUGAAAACACAAGAUUUUUUGCAGAUAAUCUGUGUUGUUAAGCACUUUAUUUGGAUGACUCCAGAAUUGGUGCUUAAGAACUUUAUAGCUUUCACUUGGGCUCAAAUGUGCAUGAUAAACUGCAGAGGUGAUAAAAGAUUAUAAAUAAAACUAUAAAAAUGAAA